AUGGCUUUCAACCUCGACCCCGGCCAGGAAACAUGUUUGCUUUGUGACAUGCCGAUGACGGAAUCCCGUCCCCACUUUGUGGAGGAUUACGAACCGACCAAGGCCGAUUCUUACAGGAAGAAAGUGGUCGUGGACGAGAACGAGGUGCACAUAGACAUCCUCGAUACGGCAGGACAGGAAGACUAUGCAGCGAUCAGGGAUAACUACUUCCGGUCCGGUGAAGGGUUUCUCUGCGUGUUUUCUCUCACGGAACGCGAGUCGUUCACAGCGUGCGACGAUUUCAGGGAACAAAUAUUAAGGGUAAAAGGAGAAGAUGCAGUGCCCUUUAUCCUGGUCGGUAACAAGGUGGAUUUGCAGGAUAAUAGGCAAGUCACCACACCUGAAGGCCAGGCCAAAGCUGAUCAAUGGAAAGUCACCUAUAUAGAAACGUCGGCAAAGACUCGCACCAACGUUGAUAAGGCAUUUUUUGAUCUCACAAGAAACAUUCAAACGCACAAGGUGCAGACACUGAGAAGAGGCGCAGAGGGACUAGACAGGGCGAAAACCCGCUGUACGCUUCUUUGACGCUAGUUCGUCUCUAGAAUCCGCGACGAGAAGGGAAAACUGGCUCAUGAUCGGCUGCUAUGACCAGAGUAUUGUCGGUCUCGGCUGCUAUGAUGUGGACGGUUGUAGUGACGUGGUACAUCACCUUCUUCUUCUUGCCCUCUGCAGUAUUUAAACAUAAAAUAGCAGGAACGGUGUAUUAUACCACUUGCCGCCGCCCUUGUGAUUGCGAAUUUGUGAAGUGGGUCAUCUAUGCAUGCAGUCAAAUAUGCUCCGACAGCGGAUCGUCGUGUUGAAAGAUAACACAGAGGCACGAUCGUAUUUAUGCAUGGUUGUAUGUGAAUGAGAACGUUAUUAUACUUAAAAGCUGCUGCAACAGCGAGUUAAAUAAAAUAAUAGCCUACGUGCGCAUUGCGAUUGUAAUUAAUUUACUCAUCCUAAUAAUCUCAACAAUUCUGCAAACGUCAAAUAAAACGUCAAACAGCAGUUUACUCAUGCACUCAGACAAGUGUUACAACUGAUAUUCGUGUAAUAGAGCUGAUACGAUGAACGUUUGUCUUUUAUUUCGUAUUACAGUCAGUAGUUUCAGUAACUCGCUCACAAAUGUGAUAUAAUGUACAUCUCAUCUGACUCCCGACUCUUCUACCCCAUAUAUGCGGCUUUUGUUCACUCUUUCUGCCCCUCUUCUUAUGUCGCACUAAUCUCUCUUCCUCUCCAUAAUUGGUUUCUGUUCUUCCCAUUGACUCUCGCUCGCUCGCUCCCCCUCUCUCGCUUUACUCUCCUUAACCCUCCACUGUUUCUCUGGCCACUGACAUAUCCUCUUCUCCAUAUCCUGCUCCUCUUCUUUCCCUUGGCUCUUCUCCUGAUAUCCGUGUUUCUUUUUCUUCUUUUUCGUCUCUCGUCUUCCUUCUAUCUAUCGAUAUCCCCCUCUCGUAAGUAUCUCUCUCCUGCCCCCUAUCUUUCGGUUUCUCGCUAGUAUAUAGUAUAUAGUCAAUGCCCAUCAUGUUGUCACUUGACAUUCCCUUGCCACAUAGUGAGUGACCUGCCACCCAUGGAUAAACCGGCGUGAUCGACAGAAUAGAUAUGGUGCUCACAGAAUUUGCUCAAGCGCACAAAACCAUUACAAUUUCCCUAGGCAAUCCACAGUUGUUGUGUGGCCUAGGCUUUGAUUUCAUACCCAGCUGCUUCUAUCAAGUACGCACUUCAUCUGGAUGCACGUCUUCGUUGUUCCUAAAUAGCAAUUCACCUCCUCAUCGCAGGUGGAUAAUCUUUUGCGAUACGUGGAACACCUAUAAGAUAAACAUGCGACAUACACUAUCAAACUAACAAAUCCCUCUGCAUCUCAUUCUCGCACUCUACCCUUCUCACUCAUUGUCGUUUCUCUUUUUCAUCGGCGCUCCCACCCCACUCUCCUCGUAUCGCUUCUCUCUCCCUCCUCCCCCUCUAUCUCUUCUCUCACUCUCUGUACC